AUGGACUUUUUUCAAGAACUGGUUUUAACAGCUUUCAUGGCAUUUGUUUUCUCUUUAGUAAUUAUGAAAUUUGUUUCACUUGCUUUUUCUAACUCCUCCGAUGAUGGAAAAACUGCUAUAUUUAGUGUCGAGGAAGUGAAGGUGGGGAAUCGUUUGAAAGUGGGGAAGACAAAAAGUAAAAAGAGAGUCAAGUUUGCUGAUGAUGUUGUGGUUAGAAAGAUUGAUCAAUAUCAGAGUGAAAAAGGGUUUGAAAAUCUUGGAUUGUGUUUGGAUGAGUCUGUGGGGGGAGUUCUUGUUGAAGAAAAGAGUAAGGAUGAAAAUAUUGCGAAAAGGGCGGAUCAAUAUGAAGGCGAGGAAUUGAAUAGAGAUUCUGAAAUAAAAAUUUCUGGGAUGGUGCAAGAUACUGUUGAUGAAGAUAAAGGGUCUAAAAAUAUUGGAAUGUUGAUUGAGAAAACUGAUGAAGGUCAUGAAAUAGGUGAGAUUUGUGGUGAAAAGGAGGAUACUGUAGUGAGUGGUGGUCUGGAGGGUGUAAUUUUCAGGGAGAAGAAAAAUGGAGUAGAACUGGAGAGUCACGAGGUCAAGACUGAUCAGAAAGAAGGGAAUGGCAAUGGGGGUGCAGGAGGAAAUGAGAAAUUGAUUAAAGGGGAUGUGGAGGAGGAGAGUUUUGAUGUUGAAGAUGAUGACUGGGAGGGGAUAGAGAGGAGUGAUUUGGAUAAAGUUUUUGCAGAGGCUGUUAACUACGUGGAGUAUGGAGGGAAGGGGAAGGAGAAGGAGAAAAACAAUGAUCGGCUGGCGAAAUUGGUAAGCGAUGUGCAGAUGCAGUUGUAUGGGCUUCAUAAGGUUGCAGUAGAAGGGCCAUGUCAUGGGCCUCAACCCAUGGCACUCAAGGUGUCUUCGCGUGCCAAAUGGAAUGCGUGGCAAAGGCUAGGAAGCAUGAACCAGGAGGCAGCUAUGGAGCAAUAUAUCAAAAUUUUGUCAGAUAGUGUACCCGAAUGGAUGCAAAAUUACAGUGCUGAUGAUGAUAUGCAAGGUUCUGGAACACCUAGUAAUUCCGAUUCCCAGUUAAGAUCUCUUCCGGAAGAUGAAAGGAAAGAAGAACUGAACAUUGUCACUGAUGUAGGUGACUCUGGCAUGGGUGCAAACUCCAUAGAGAAGGAAAAGAAUGGAAAGGAUCAAGUAACUGCAUGA